AUGCAGACAGGUUAUUAUAGCCUGCUUCUCAAUGGAACACUCUUCCUGCAUAAUAGCAUCGAUUCGACUUUAUUAAAGGCUCCAGGCGUUGUCCACUGGGAUAUUGACAACAUUUCUUUCUAUUCAACUUGUCUUUUAAUAAAAACUAUUUUGAGUCUCAAAGUACUUAUCAAGUCUUCCCUUCCAUACCAUAAAUACAACAAUAAAGCAUAUAUGAAGGCUAACAAGAUCAGAAAUGAACUCGACAAAAUAAGUCCACAGCUCAUUUUCCGACAAAUGAUAAUUCGUUUCAAAUCCAAGCUGGAUAGUGUUAAAGAGCUCCCUCUAGAUAGCGGAAAUCCUAUCAAAGAAUGCGGCAAAGGGGUGUCUAAGGCGAAGGACCGAACUAUAUUGAACCCUGAUAAGUUUAGCUAUGAGGGCACUGACAAUGUUCUGGUGAAUAUUACAACAUCAAUACCGAUGUCGUUACCAAGAAUGGUAUUUCACCUAAAGCUUUUCGGCCACUACACCGCGUUAAGCACACACUCAAAUGAAGACAACAUCUCCUUAAGGUUAUCCAAAGAGGAAGAAACAUUUUUACGUUUUUCAUCAGUUACGAAUAUGAAGGCUAGUGAUGUUGAUGUUAGUCGCGGGUGUUUUCGGCAACGAAGAUAUUUAGAGCGACUGAAGAAGCAUACCGAUGGAGGAAAAGAAGUGCAGUCAAUAGAAGAUUCAACAAGAAAGAUGGCAUCUACCCCAGUCACUUUUAGUGCCAUGGUCAUUGAAAACCUUCACGAGCAAUACAAACAACGGCGAAAACUACGGGAUUUCUACAACUCAGCAAAAAUGAUUAACCAAAAAAGACAUGUAGAAAUUCAACAACAUCGUUAUUGUCAUCGCCUCUUUCGGCGAAAGAGACUGAAACCGAAGCAUUCAGAUAGCAAAUUCUCUUCCAAAAAAUCCUUGCUAUUCUUCACCGGUGAUCGGGGAACUGGUACAAUUUUUCGACCCAAAGGCUUUAGAAUGUAUGGAGGUAAGUGGAAGCAGAAGAUACACAGGGAAACAGCCAAUGUCUGCAUCACAAAUGAAUGUAAGACCUCCCAAACGUGUAUAUUCUCUUUUUCGUCCUUAAUCAACCCACGGAUCCCUGGAAAGAAAGAAGGAAGCUACAAAGGCAAUAAAGGUACCUUCCUUUGUAUCAAUUCUCGCUGCAUCACAGUCAAGAAGCAAUGGGCAAUGCCUGUCCACUUUUUACGGGGAUCCAAAGGCGCUCAUAGCCAAGCAUAUUUACUACAUCGAUUUCGUGUGUUUAAAGCAGAUAGACUGCCUUCUAACCGUUUAUUCUUACGUUCAAUAUAA